AUGGAGAUCAGUGGAAAGCAGCAUUCAAAGCUCGCUACAAGUGUCUACGUCUACGGUGAUGUGCUGGCUAGCACAGAAAGCACAAAGAAGAGCAAGAAAACAACUGGCGGUCCCGAAUCGAGUGGAACUUGUUGUGAGACAAGUGACACGAAGAUGAAGACCGACGGCCGAAUCUAA